CUCACUACCACUGCCACCAUUCCUAGCACCACUACCACCCACUACCACUGCCACCCUUCCAGCACCACCACCACCCUCACCAGCCACCCAGCCACUACACCUGAAGCUUCUACCUCACCGCUGUAGUAUUGUGGCCACCUCCUACAAUGCCAUUUACACUUCUGCCACCAGUGGUUGUUCCGCUACAAGUGCAACUAGAUCUACCGGUACGGCUAUCUCCACUACCAUGGCUACAUCUACUACUACAACCACAGUCACAGCCACAACAACUACAGUGAGCAAGGAAGCUACUCUCGCCUCCACUACCACAGCAACAACAACCACAGUUAACAAGAAGGCUACUGUCACUUCCCCAAUGAUAAACUGCAGCUCUACCACUACUACCAUCCCUCGCCUUGCCUUACCUCCCUCUGCCACCACAACACCAUCCUCCUUCAACACCACUACAACAAUCUCCACCUCCCCUUCUCCAUCACCAAACAACAACCGCACUCCCAUCACCACCAUAACCCGACCCAUCAUCACCACCACCAACACUCCCAGUAACAACCGUACUCCAACUCCCACCACUACCACCAAUCGCACUCCUACUACCACCACCACCACCAGCACCAGCAGCAGCACCACCACCGCCACGCACUUGUCUCCGUGGUCCGGCCCUACUGGUUUCACCUCGUCAGCCGGACAUAAGAAGAACUCUACCACCACUGACUCGAGACUUGUUGUCCUAGGAGCUCCAGCCGUCGGCAAAUCUGCGCUGGUAGUACGACUGUUGACUGGACGGUUCAUCUGGGAGUACGACCCGACGUUGGAGGCUGCUUAUCGUCAUCACACUACAGUGGACGACGAACCGACCGUCAUGCACAUCUACGACACGGCCGGACAGGAGGAGGGAUGUGUGAGUGAGGCUCAUGCUCGCUGGGGUGACGGUUUCCUCCUAGCUUUUAGUUUGACCGACAGACGCAGCUUCACAACUCUCGCCGCUAUCCACGCUGCUGUUGCCGCCGCCAGACAGACGCCAAACUUCUCCUGUGUCGUCGUCGCCAACAAAACUGACCUGGGCCACCUAGCGGAAGUGAGCGAAGAUGAGGCCUCAGAGAUGGCGGGAGAGUUAGGAGCAUCGUUGUUCUUGACGUCGGCAUGUGACGGCGGCCCUGCCAUCCAAGCGGCCUUCACUGAGCUUCACAGAGACGUGGUGAGACGACGCUGGUCCCGUCGACGGAGGUCCUCAGCCAAGACCGUCAUCGAGGGCUUCUACAAGAUGUUCUCCCGAUGACUUAACUGGUUGAGCUGUAGUCAUUAUGAUCACACGUCUAACAUUUACAAGGUGUACCUCCCUUAGUGAAUGUCACCUAACGUUAGAAUUAAAAAGAUUAUAUAUCACCUUCAACAGUGACCUAAUAUUAGAAUAAUUUAAACCCUCAACCACAGUGACCUUACUUUACAAUAUACAAAAUGUUACAAGAUGAUUCUAUUGUAUGUAAACCCAUAUCUAUGUUACUCAGGACAGAAGGCAUUUUUAACACCCAUGAACCUGAGACGCGGAUAUUCUCGUCCCCCCUUUUCCCGUUGUCAUGUCUUAACAACAACAAGUGUUCCCGGAAAGAUGUAUUUAUGUACAAUGGCAAUAAUUUUUGGGGGUGUUUACAGCAUAAUAAAAACCCUCCCCCUGUGUUUUGCUGUAUUGGGCUUUGGUGUAUCUCUUUGUAGACAGAAUAUUCUCGUUUGUGUGUGUGUGUGUUGUGUGUGUGUGUGUUGUGUGUGUGUUGUGUGUGUGUGUGUGUUGUGUGUGUGUGUGUGUUGUGUGUGUGUGUGUUACGUAUACAUGCUGGACGAGACCGUAGAAACGUACAGGUUAAUUAAAUCAUUAUCGUGUUACCGUAAGCCAUUUUGUUAACACUUACAUUUUAACACAGAAAAGUUAAAGUAACCCCUGAGUGUUGAUGGUCAAUAGUAUCGUAAUGGACGGGCAGGUCGGUUCCUUAGGUGAGAGCUGAUGUGGUUAGAUCCGCCAUAUAGUGAUUGAAGAUGUUGGCCCUGUAAACAUUAUCAAGAAUCUCUCCCUGUAACUUUGAUAGAUAUUCACCCUUGAGUUACGGUACAGAUAGUCACCCUUGAGUUACGGUACAGACAGUCACCCUUGAGUUACGGUUUCAGAUAAUUACCCUGAGUUACGGUACAGAUAGUCACCCUGGAGUUACGGUACAGAUAGUCACCCUGGAGUUAUUGGUAUUCUCCCUGUAAUAAAGGUUCUUCCCAUGUAGCUAUAAUAAAGAUACUCCCUAUAUUAUCAAUACUCUCCCUGUAACUAUAUUAAAGCUGCUCUUCCUGUAACCAUAUUACAAAAAACAUCCCUCUGUAACUGUAUUGAACAUGCUUUAUUAUAGAUUAAACCAAGCGGAAUGUGUCCACCAGACUGUAGCAUUCAACCUAUGUUCUCUUGUUUCUCUGUGUUUGUUAAAGGAUGGACCAAGGAAUCACACAUUAUGCUUCCACCGUAACAUUUACUCUUUAAUGACGAGUGUGAGUCGACCUACACCUCCCGCAAACUGGUCCCCUGUUGUCAUAUACCUCACGUAAACAACAGGUAUCUAUCAGAGGGACGACGGAGCAGUAAAUACCUAUUGUAUGGAUAAUCUGUAUAACAGCAGGGGACUAGUUUACCAGAUGAGUUGACUUCACGUGUUUCCGGACUUUUAUUUCCCCCAAGAUGUCUAUAUUCUUCUUGAAGUUGUCUUUCUUAGUCCAUAAAAGUGUCUUUCUGAGAGAUGAAUUGAUGUAAUUAUAAUAAUGAUAAUAAAGAUAUACGUUAAA